AUGUCGUUUCCAUGUGCUUACUGUGAGAAGGAGGUCCGUCCUCGUCAACAUGCCUUUGAGUGUGAGACAUGUUCCUGUUGGCAGCAUCGUCUAUGUGACACAGGUGUUUCACUGGCUGAUUAUAGAAGACUGAUGUCCAAUGAGAUAGAGAUGUUUUUUGAGUGUUGUAACUGCUCUCCAGUCUUGGAAUGUGCAUCUGAGUGGGAACCAGUUGUAGAAGAUAAGCAACAUGAGAACGAGAGAGACAUCGGUCUGGUUGCCGCCCUAGAGGAGUCACUUGGUCCGGCGUCUGUAGAUUUGUCAAUUCCAGACUUAUCGUUCAACAUUUCCUUACCGUUUUAUCAUAAAAUUGUUAAAAGUGACUCAGACGACAGCUCAGACUCCGAUACAUCAGAUUCCUCAAUCGACAACCCUGUCCAAUCACAUUUCGCCAUCAAAAACCUAGACCAAUCAGAUUCCUCCUCAGACGAAUCCAUCACGUCAGAUUCCUCCAUCGAAGACAGACCUGUAACCUUUGAGGUAGUUGAGGGUGGUACUAUGAGAAAAGCAAAGAAGUUGGUCAGCAGCGACGGCUAUUCAUACACAGUAAAGAAUUCUACAUCACGUACUAUCCACUGGAAAUGCAGUGUUCGCAACAAGAACAUCUAUUGUAAAGCAACUGUUGCACAGAGGGGCCAGAACUUUAUCCGAGGGAUUCACCAACACAUUCACCGUAGUGACCCGAAUGUUGUACAAAAGACAAAGUUAAGAGCUGAGUUAAUGACAGAAGCUGCUCUCUAUACCCAUAAAUCUGCUGGUGCCAUUGUAAAAGAGAAGAUGCACACCAUCAGUGGCAGAGACGUCAACCUCCCCAAUCCUACCAACCUUACCAGAGCGAUCAACAGACUACGACAAGAGCGCCGUCUGAAGGAACCUACAGAUUUAAACUUGAGGUACGUCAUUAAAGCUAAGAUUUGUCAGUAA